GCAUUUGGCCCGAGGCCGCGUUCGGUUCUAACCAGUUAGUUGUUCUCGAUUAUAAUAUAUAUAAAUAAUAGCUAAACCAUGACAGAUAAUAAGGCAUAUGCACCCGAUACCGAGCCAAGCAGAUCGGACUCGGUCACCAGGACGGAAUCAGUUCAAUCGCCACCAUCUUAUAAUACUGCACUCUCGCUGAAUGACUUCAACUCAAAGGUCAACUUAACGGAAAAGGAUCAAUUGUCGCUCGAUGAGGCCGCCUACAAUCCUUUUGAGCAUCGGGAUCCCAAUGGUGCCAGUGCUGGCGGUGCUCUGGCCCAUCUACUCAAGAGUUCGCUGGGCACCGGUAUUCUGGCCAUGCCGAUGGCCUUUCACAAUGCCGGUUUGCUGUUUGGCGGUAUAAUGACACUGAUCGUUGGCUUUCUAUGCACCCACUGUGUGCACAUUUUGGUAAAAACUUCGCACAACAUAUGUCUGGACGCCAAAGUUCCCGCAUUGGGUUUUGCGGAAACCGCUGAGAAGGUCUUCGAGUACGGGCCCAAAAAGUUGCGACCCUAUUCCAAUUUUGCCAAGCAAUUUGUGGACAUUGGACUGAUGGCAACAUAUUUUGCAGCCGCCUGUGUCUAUAUGCUGUUCAUAGCGACCUCGUUUCACGAUGUCAUCAACUAUGAUGUGGGCCUCAAAUGGAAUGUCCGCAUCUAUGUUGCAAUGACGGUGAUACCUUGUCUAUUCAUCGGUCAGAUCAGGAGUCUCAAGUUUCUGGUGCCCUUCUCCCUGAUGGCGAACAUCUUCAUUGUGAUCACCUUUGGCAUUACACUCUACUAUAUGUUCGAUCAGCCGCUUGUCUUCUCCAACAAACCACUGAUUGCCCCUGCUGCCCACAUUCCUCUCUUCUUUGCCACAGUGAUCUUUGCCAUGGAGGGCAUUGGUGCUGUUAUGCCCGUGGAGAACUCGAUGAAGAAACCGCAACAGUUCUUGGGCUGCCCGGGCGUCCUUAAUACGGCAAUGAUUACGGUCGUCUUACUCUACGCAAUUAUUGGAUUCUUUGGCUAUGUGCGCUAUGGAGAUGAAGUACGUGGCAGCAUUACGCUCAAUCUGCCCCAGGGCUACUGGCUGGGAGAUACUGCCAAACUGCUGAUGGCUGUGGCCAUUCUCUUCACCUACGGCCUACAGUUCUAUGUUCCCAAUGAGGUGUUAUGGCGCAAGAUUCAGCACCACUUCCGGCCGGAGAGGCACAACAUUACGCAGAUUCUGUUGCGUUCUGGGAUAAUAUUGGUAAGUGGUGGGAUCGCCGCUGGCAUACCCAAUCUGGAGCCGUUCAUCAGUUUGGUGGGCGCUGUGUUUUUCUCGCUGCUGGGCAUAUUUGUGCCCAGCUUCAUUGAGACUGUGUAUCUGUGGCCUGAUCGCCUCGGCUGGUGCAAAUGGAAGCUGAUCAAGAACGUUCUUUUGGGCAUCUUUUCCUUGCUGGCGCUUGUUGCCGGCGCCGCUGCCAGCAUUGGUGAGAUGAUCAAUCCGAAGGAUAACUAAGUCGUAGUGGACACUCAAAGUAGUAUUAAAUGAGAUGCAGGUACUCCUAAUUCUCCCAAGCCAUGUUGAGCAUGACUAAAGGUAGCAGCUGCUGCUGCUCCUGCUAAAUGAUGGACUGCAUUGCAUAAAGAUGAUAUUAAUUCUUAACUUCAAACACCGAUUAUAUAUGCACAUAUAUGUUUGUCUUAUGUGUGCCUAGUAAGUACCUGUUGUAUCUGUACAUAUACACAUAUAUACAUGUAUGUACACAGACAUCUGUAUAUGUAUUUGUAUUAAAAACUAAACCGCAAUCCAUAGAAUUUAUAAUCAUAUACAUUAAGCUAAAGCAACUUCUUUUAUACGCAUUGAAUUAAUAAAAAUGUUAAAUCUUUAUAAAUAUUUAAA